AAACAACGGCCCUUCAACUAACGAAAACGAAUUGAUUUUACGUCAUUUUUCGAGCGCUUGUCACGGCGCAACAUUUAAAUAGGAACCACUGAAAAAUUUAAAUAGCACCAGAAAUAUUCAACAAAAUGUACCAAUACAGUUAAUCCUAAACAGAAAAAUAAUAUUAUACAAAUAAUAUUACACAAGCGAGCUUAUAACAUCAAACAUAGCGAUAAAAAGCACCUAACCUAGUCACAAUGUCCAAGCCAGUAGACCUAUCAGGAUCCCGAUAUGACCAGAACACGUACGUCGGCCGAGCGAAGCAUUUCUUCAUGCUCACGAACCCACUGAACAUUUUUGCCACGUCCGCCCAGUUAGAAGAAGCUAAAAAAAUCGUUUCAGAAUACAAUAAAACAAAGAAGAUGCCGCAAGGAAUGGACGAAGACAAGCUAUGGUCGAUGAAGUACUUGGCCGACAGCGCAUAUCACCCCGACACGGGCGAGAAAAUGUUUGUGCUAGGCCGGAUGUCCGCUCAGGCGCCUAUGAACACUCUUAUCACCGGCUGUAUGAUCACGUUCUACAAGACGAACGCGGCGACCAUGUUCUGGCAGUGGGUCAAUCAGACGUUUAACGCUGUCGUCAACUACACCAACCGCUCAGGCACCGCGCCCAUCACCAAAUCGCAACUCUUGGCAUCAUACUGCGCUGCUUGCGGUGGUGCCAUGGGUACUGCGUUCUACCUCAAUGCCAAGGCCAAGCAAAUGAAGAAUCCCGUGUUCGCGGCGCUGGUGCCGUUCGCCGCGGUGUGCGGCGCCAAUUUCAUCAACAUCCCCAUGAUGAGGAGUCGUGAGUUGAUAGACGGCACACCAGUUUUCACCGAGGAGGGGCAGCUGUUGGGUAACUCCACGACCGCAGCGCGGCGCGGCAUCUUUCUCGUGUGCAUAUCCCGAGUCAUCAUGGCUGUUCCUGGCAUGACCCUAACGCCGAUCCUGACAAACUACGCGCGCUCCCGGGGGCUCUUCUGCCGCUACCCGCGCGGCGUGCUGCCCUUCCAGAUGGGGCUCGUGGGGCUGUGCGUCGUGUUCGCCACCCCGCUGUGCUGCGCGCUCUUCAAGCAGCGGGCCUCCAUCUCCGUGGACAGUCUGGAACCGGAGCUGCAGAAAAUCGCGAAGGCAAAAUUCCCAAAAGCAAAAGAAGUGUUUUUCAACAAGGGACUCUAAAGCGUAUACCUAAGGAUAGCUACGCUGAAGUAAAUUAUUCCAGUAGAUUGAUUAAUAAUAACUUUCCAAAGACAUCAUUCCUAUCGUAACGUAAUAUUUUUUUAAGUCUAUAAUUUUUUUAAUUUAUAACUAUAUUGUUUAUUGCAGCCGUUUUUUACGGUUUAUCAUUUGUUAUUGCUAUUUUUAUAGUUGAUUUUUUAUGUGUAAUAUUUUACCUCGAGCAUAGAAAAUAAUUUAAAUAGGUAAUUAUGGCAAUAAUAUUGUUUAUAAAUUGCAA